UGAAUUCAUAUAUACAUGUUGGUUUCUAUAAGGUACAUUAGUUUAGCGGUGUCUCCUCUUGAAAUUGAUAUUUGUUUAACUCACUGUCAAAGGAUUCUGUUACGAGUUGUUCCGAAGUAACAUAAGUGUUUUCUUACUUAGAUUUGGCUGUAGUGAACCAGCAACCUGAACGAAAAAUCAAGGCUGUGAAAAGUGUACUUCGCUAAAUCGCACCUUUUGAAAGAGUAAUUGACAACAACUGUCCAAAAGCUUGUCGCAGUUGAAAAGGAGCAUCUGGAUAAUUGUGAAAAAAAGAGUUUUGAGCCCUUGAAACAAAGAUCACUCGGGAGAUUCAUAAGAAGGUGAACGCACAAACAACAGACAUUGCAGGUAUAACCAUGGAAGGAACGGCAGCCAUGAAAAAUGAUUCUUUCUCAUGUUAUCAUUUCAUCACCAUCGACUUUACUUAUGCAGAUUUCUCGCUUGGCUGGUAUAUUCUCAGUUGUGUGCUGACUGUGUUAUUUGCCCUCACCGCCUCGUUCGCUAACAUAUUAGUUCUUAUUGCCAUCCUACGGACUCCUUCGCUUCAUUCUCCGUCUAACACGCUUUUAUUUGGUUUGGCGCUCGCUGAUCUGGGGGUCGGUUUGCUUGUUCAUCCUCUGUUCCUUAUGCUAAUACUUGGGAAAAUCACGAAGAACGAAGGCGUUUUCUGCGAAGCAGGAAUCGCGAUUGAAGUGAUUGCUAACGCUCUUUGUAUAAUUUCUCUUUUAACUGUAACUGCUGUCAGCCUUGAUAGAUAUUUGGCUCUUCGCCUUCAUCUCAGAUAUAAGGAACUCAUUACAAUCAAGCGUGCAAUCGUCGUUUUAAUAAUCAUCUGGAUUAUCGGGGCACACUCUGGUACACUGUGGCUCUACAAACCUAACCUAGUAAAAUGGAAUGUUAUCGUAAUAAUUCAACUUUGCCUUAUGGCUGCAAUAGUUUCUUAUUUUCAAAUUUAUCGCGCUGUCACGCGCGCUAUACACUCAGAAUUGACCAUAAAAUGUUCUGUAGAUCAAAACUGCGAGGCAAUGAACAUGGCGAGAUUCAAAUCGCACACUCUCAGCACCUUUUUGGUCUAUUGUUUGAUUAUGCUGUGUUAUUUGCCGUAUUUCUGCGUCGUGGUCGUUAUAACAGUGACGGGACCAUCAGUUCCAAAACGGUUUGCUUAUGAUAUGACUGCAGUGGGGGUUUUCAUAAACUCCUCACUCAACCCGCUAGUGUACUGUUGGCGUUUAGGAGAUGUUCGUAAUGCAGUCAGAAAAACUGCAAAACUGAUGGUCCCCGCCAAAUUUAGGGGAGAAGAAACAACGAUGGCACCUUAGAAUUGUACCCACAUGAGUGUAUUGUUAUUUAUUCAAGUUGCGCAAUGAGAGCGACCUAAGUCAGUUGGAAAGCAGAAAGUGAGAAGCACCAGGCUAUAAUUUUGUACUAUUUUGUGAAGAAGUUGCCAGAGCAAUAAAAAAAAAUUGACGUCGUUUCAGCGACAAGUUACCUGAGUUUCUCCUUAUGUCAUGGAAAACAAAAACCACAGCAGAAAAUGUGGUAAGUGGGAUGCACAAAAAUACGCUCGUGUUCCAAUUCAGAAUUAUCUCGAGUCGUUCAAGUUAUAGUUAUCAAUAUUAACACACACAGUGGACAUAUUUCGAUUACUUCAAGAUCAUGUUCCUGAUAUCUGUACACUCAUUUUUAUGCCAGAAGAAUGUUAGUUAACUGAACACAUUGUAGGCAAAGUCUUGCAUCAAAGAAAGAGUUUUUUAUUAUAGAGAUAGAAUAUGUAUUAUGAGUGCUUAAACAUGUAGGGAGGAACAAAGGAGGAGGGGUUUGCCAAAGAGCAGAGAAAUCUCAUCUGGUUAUUCAAAAACAAAAAUAUUAAACAAAAGAAGAAAAAAAAAGAAACAAGUAUAUAAUAAGAGCAUGAGUGAUUUUAAAAGUAACCGAGCGCUACUCGUGUCAGGUUUCACCUGUUUCUCAUUGGUCGGGAACAGUAACACUUUUAUUAAUGGUCAAUAUCCAGGCCGAGAUGAAGUGUUAGAUGGAACUUAGCCUGCUAAAAGGUAGUAUAAAAAUUAAAAUAGUAAUAAUAACAAUAAUAACAAUAAUAAUGAUGAUGAUGAUGGUGAUGAUGGUAAUAGUGAUAAUAGUAGAGUGAAAAAACAGCCGGAUGUCACGCGAGAAUAUCUAUUAGUUAACUACGCAGAUUCGUAAUGAGUCUAUGUUUUGUUUACUCUGAUAUUCAAUUUCCCGAGCUUGUUCUGCUCGCACUUGAUGCAGCUACAUUUCUUUAUGAAUAACAAUGUCCGAUAAGUAAAAAAGGUAGUGGUUUAGAAGUGAUACUACCAUUGUAACAAGAUCUAAAAAUUCAUAAUAAUUUUCAGAGUUAAAGAAAUUAUCAAAGGAAUUGAAAAACAAGUUUGAUUGACGGAGUAAACAUGCAUUGCUCAAUGAAGAAAUUAAAACUGAACUGAUAAAGAAAAUUUCCUUGGAAGCGAGCUUCUUUAGAAGAGAGAGUGAGGAACGUAUAUGGCAUUUCUAGAAUAAAAAUUAUUACUGAUGUAAAUAUAUGUAAUAAGUAAUUUACAUUUAAACUCAAUAAAUCGAUAUCUUAGCCGCA